UUAACUUGUAAAACUGUAUUUGAAUAUUUGAUACUUUUUAUCUUCUACCAACCAAACUUUGAGCUGUCUUAGCCUAUGAUGCAUGGGGAAGAUAGUGGGGCAACCAAACACCAACAAUGCACAGUCAAUAUUCAGCUCACCGAAAAAACUUCCUAUGUAUUACACAUUCUUAUAUGUUCUUCCUUUCUUUCUUUGAUUUACUUAGAGUAUUUGAACAAGCCAAACACUUUUCAAGUUCCACACUUGAAUAGAAAAUAUAAAAGUGUUUAAGUCAAAUCUCUUGUACAAAAUGUCAAGGCCCAUUCAUUACAUAUUUAUUACAUAAUCUAUGUUGGCUUCUUACUUAGCUUAUAACUAGCUCAUAGUUUGGUGUGUUAGCUCAUCCCCCUCUCUUGCUUUGUGUAUUCUUCACAUAAUAGCUUAUGCAAUACAUGCUUUUCUUCUUCUCUCACUUUGCAUGCACACCAACACAACAAUGGGAUCAUCAUUCAAGCCCAUCUCAUGCACCAGAAAAACCCCAUAUAGAUUAGAAACCAAAAACUUAUCAUACAAAUUGUGCAACCAACUUGACAAACUUACAAGUCUUUGUUUUGGUUCGAAUCCCACGAGUAGUUCAAAGUUCAUUUUGAAGGACGUAAAUUGUGAGGCAAGGCCAGGGGAGCUUACCACUAUAGCUGGUCCUAGUGGAGCUGGAAAAACAACACUGCUUGAAAUUCUCGCCGGGCGAAUACCUUCGCGUAAAGUUUCGGGACAACUACUUGUUAAUCACAAGCCAAUGGAUGUGAACAGAUUCAGAAGAGAAUCCGGGUACAUCACACAAGAAGAUACUUUGUUUCCAUCGCUAACAGUUCGAGAGACACUAAUGUAUAGUGCUUUGUUGAGGCUUCCGGGAGGGCGAAAAGUGGCUGCAAUGAGAGUUGCAGAGUUGAUGAAGCAGUUAGGAUUGGAUCCUAUUGCAGAUUCAAGAAUUGGCAAUGGAUCAGACCAUGGUAUAUCAGGCGGUGAAAGGCGAAGAGUUUCCAUUGGUGUUGACUUGGUUCAUGACCCUGCAGUUAUUUUGAUUGAUGAACCAACUUCAGGUUUAGAUUCAUCAUCAGCUCUUAAUGUAAUCUCAUUGCUUAGACUAAUGGCAUUUAAUCAAGGUAAAACAAUUGUUCUAACUAUCCACCAACCCGGUUUUCGAAUCUUAGAGCAACUUGAUAGGCUCAUUUUGCUAUCUGAUGGAUUUGUCAUGCAUAAUGGUUCAUUGAAUCUUCUUGAGGCAAGGCUCAAUUUAUCUGGCCAUCAAAUUCCUAAUCAUGUCAAUGUCCUUGAAUUUUCUAUUGAUGUCAUGCAAAGCUUGAUUACUCUCACUUCAGAAUCUGGGAACAAUCAAUUUCUUUGCAAUGACAAAGAGCACCAAGAACACAAGAUGAGAAUGCAGUGCUCUAUGAUUGUUAAAGAAAAAGAAAUUUUGUACUCAAAUUCUCCAAUGGAAGAGAUUUUAAUCCUAGGACAAAGAUUUUGCAGUAACAUAUUCAGAACUAAACAACUCUUUGUUACAAGGGUCAUACAAGCCUUAGUAGCUGGAUUGAUACUAGGGACCAUAUUCUUGAAUGUUGGAAGCAAACAAAGUAAAUUAGCAUUACAAACGCGAAGCGGCUUCUUUGCUUUCAGCCUUACCUUUUUGCUAUCAUCAACAACAGAAGGGCUGCCUAUUUUCUUGGAAGAGAGAAGAACUUUUAUGAAUGAGACCUCAAGAGGAGCUUAUAGAGUUUCUUCAUAUGUUUUAGCAAAUACAUUUGUUUUUCUUCCUUUCCUUCUAAUGGUUGGUCUUCUCUAUACUACCCCAGUUUAUUGGCUGGUAGGAUUAAGAAAAGACAUUGAUGGAUUCCUUUACUUCUCCUUAGUGGUUUGGUUAGUCCUACUCAUGUCGAAUUCACUUGUGGCAUGUUUCAGCGCCUUAGUGCCGAAUUUCAUCAUGGGAAGCUCGGUGAUCGCCGGCCUAAUGGGGUCAUUCUUUCUAUUCUCAGGGUAUUUCAUAUCAAAGGAUAAAAUACCUAGUUACUGGAUUUUUAUGCAUUAUAUAAGUCUAUUCAAGUAUCCAUUUGAGUGCCUUAUGAUAAAUGAGUAUGGAGGUGAACAAGGGAAAAAGAGAUGCAUAGAAGUUAACAAUGAGGAAUGCACACUUUAUGGAGUUGAGUUCUUAAGACAACAGGGUAUGAAAGAGUCACACAAAUGGACAAAUUUGGCUUUAAUGUUAAGCUUCAUAAUAGGGUAUAGAGUGCUUAACUUUAUAAUUCUUUGGUCUAGAUGUUACAAAAGCAGAAAAUAAAUUGGUUUAUAACAGUAGCAUAUACUUUACAGUCUUUA